AUGGAGGGAGUCGGGCGAAGAAAAAAAAUCUCCGACGCCCUCGACGAGAUCCUCCUCCGCCUCCCGCCGUCCGACCCCUCGGGCCUCGUCUGCGCCUCCGCCGUCUGCAAGCCCUGGCUCCGCACGCUCUCCGACCCGGCCUUCCUCCGCCGCUACCGCACCUUCCACGGGACGCCCCUCGCGCUCGGCUUCCUCCGCAACCCGGAGGACCGCGGCCUCGGCCGCUUCGUCCCCACCUCGUCGUUCCGCCCGGCCGCCCACGACCACCGCACCUGCUACGUGCUCGACUGCCGCCACGGCCGCGCCCUCAUGUACGACUACGGAUCCAUGGAGUUCGUCGUCUGGGACCCCAUCACCGGCCGCGAGCGCCGGAUCCACGACGAGGUGCCCGACGUCUACACCAACCACGCGGUGCUCUGCGCCGCGGGCGCUGGAUGCGACCACAGCGGCUGCAGCGGGGGGCCGUUCCUCCUGGCCUGCGUGGGCCUGCAGGGCAAGAUCAUCGUGAAGGCGUACGGCUGCAUCCACUCGUCUGAGGCCGGUGCGCCGAGCGUAGACCCCACCUACCUAGGCUACAUACACUUCGAUCAUCAUGAAUGCGACCUCGAAGAUCAGUCCGCCGCGCUUGUGGGGGGCGCGCUCCACUUCUUCGGUAAUUCCGGCAUCCUGCGGUACGAUGUUUUGGGCGGGCGGCGCCUUUCGGUGAUCGAGCUUCCACCUGCCAAUUUUCUCGGCAGCAGCACCAUUGUCAUGACGGCCGAGAAUGGUGGGCUUGGAUUGGCCACUUUGGAUGGUCACUAUAUCGGCCUGUGGUCGACUGAAACAGGUCCUGACGGAAAUGCCAGAUGGGCGCACCUGAAGUUCAUUGAUCUCGAGCCGCUGCUCCCGGCUGGCAGUCUCAAGACCCCAGCUUUGAGUGGAUUUGCCGAAGACGCCAAUGUCAUUUUCAUGAGCACAGAUGAUGGCACCUUCACCAUCACACUCAAGUCGAUGCUGGCGAGGAAGGUGUGCGAGAUGGGCAAGCUCAACCCUGUCUUUCCCUACGUGAGCUUCUACACUGCAGCUGCAUGUGCUAGAGGCACACUGGCACCACCUGUGGGGACUCAGUGAUCUUCUAAAAGCC